UCUGCAUUUCACUCAGCUUCUUUGUGACUGGACUGACCCCUCGUCCAAUACCGCGACGUGACUCGUUAGUGAGGUUGAAGAAAUUCUUCAGGUAACUCUGCAAAAGAAGACAAUGAAGAUGCAUUAAAUAGUAGACAUACUGGAUUUACCUUCUGGAUCAAGCACAACUUAAAUGCAAUAAUAAGAACAAACACAUGACUAGGUAAAACAAACUUACUUCUGCAAGACUUUCAUCCUGCGCUGUGACUGGAGAUGCUGGAGCACAGUACACUGUGAGAGCCAGGCUUGUUAUGAUGCACAGACUGUAUGACCUCAUGCUUCCUCGUUGGAUGCGUCUGAGUCUCUGUGCUAAAGUCAGCUGUUAUAUAGGCUAGGAGGUGGAAGUAUUGAGGAGUGGGCGUGUUGAGCAACUAUACCUUUGGCUCUGUGACUCAAGAUUUCCUUACACGGAUGAAAAGAAAGAUUGGGGAUGAUUGCUUAGACAGCAACAACAAAAUUCCCCCAAACGUGAUAUAUGAAUGAUAUAAUUAUCAUGAUAUGACACAUGGCAUUUUUAUAUCAGAGUGACAGAUUUAAGACUUAGAUAAGGGAUGAGGAACUGUAUAGGGUUAUUCAUUCUGAACUCCCCCAAACACUCCCAUUACUGUGCAUCAAAAGGAUGCUGGUAUUUGUUUUCAUUGCCUCAUACUCACAGCCUCUCUGAGCUAAAUUGAAGAGGAGCUACUAAAGCUACACCUGGGAAUUACACAUUUCUUUUAGCUUUUUAUAACUUUUUCUUCAACAUAUAUUUUGCGUGAUACUGUGACAUUAUUCUUCAGGUUUUUUUAAAGCAGUCUGCCUGAAAUCAGAAGCUUCUCUUGUCCUUGCUGACCCUUAUAGGCUGCUGUUCCUGCUGACAAAACAGAGAUAUGCUUUGUGAACAAACACAGACAGGCUGUGUCACGUCCUAAGCAGGGCUUUUCUGACAUGUAGUGGAGUAUUUGGAGAAGCCACAGAUUGCUCAACACACUAUAACUUUACACGCCCACCACUUUACAACAGCUGUAAAAAUUUGGUUUAUGGUCAUGAGUCACUUUUUAAACUAAAGCAGUAUCACUUAAGAGGUUUCGCACAUUUUUAAAAUAAUAAUAAAGUGUCUUGAUUUUAUUACAUAUUUACAGAUCUGCAUUCAAAACACCUAGUCAUGUUUUUAGUUCGUGGUAUAUCCUUUAACCAAAUAGAUUAUUUUUAACAUCAGAUAUGAAUAAGAAUCUAUUAUAUUGUGUGUGCUCAUUGAUUUAUGUAUCCCCCUGUAGGACAGUGUUAGUGGAAAACUACAUUGUGGUCCCUGUUUCCAAAUCUAUACAUUCAUAAAACUAGGAGGAGCACUACCGUUUUCAUUGUGAAAUGUAUAUUUCUGCCAAAUGAAGAUUCUCAUAGCAGAACAAAUGUGAAAACAGAGCACCUUAGGUACCCUUGCAGUUGAUAAAAUGUUUUAGAAAGUGCCCUGUAGAGUACCUUGCCGUGGAUAUAGUGUGAAAGUGCCCCUGUUUUACCCGUCAAGUGGACAUAGUGUUAAAUAGAGCCCAGUCAUUUUAUAUGCCAUUCCAAGUAUACUUAUAAUUUAAAAAAGGUUUUCUGGCCGCCUUUACUGUAAAUGAAGCACUAAGUCAUGCCCUCUGCAUACUCUCUUCUUAGAUACGACAUAAAUAAUGUCUUUUAUACCUUAACAAAAGGUAGAUACAGUUGAUCAAAGUGCCAUAUAGAUAACAUUUCAUUUGUAAAACAUUUGUAAAGUGCAAAGACCUUUAAGUGGGUAAUGAAAAGUGUUGUCUAGAUGACUUUCUAGUGGGUAUAUACAGUAAACAGAGCCCUGUCUGUAUCCUUUCGCUGCUUUGCCUUCAGGAUGCUCUAACAGUGGAUGCAAUGUGAAAGUGCCCUCUAGACACCCUUCCAGUUAUUAAGUUUUAAAAAGUGCCCUCUGGAUGCCCCACCAAUGGAUAUAGAGUGAAAAAGUAACCUCUGGAUAUCCUUUUGGGGUGAAAAAAAAAAAGUUGGAAAAAACACCCCUGGUAUGAACUUUUCAAGUGCCUACUAUGUGUUUUUUCAUUAAAUCAAGGUUAAAAAGGCCUUCAAAUCUUGGAUCAGUUUAAAGAAGGUGCCUAGAUAGUAUCUAAGUUACACUUUAGAUAGUGUAACUACCUCACGAUCACAGAUGUACUUUUGGUAAGCCUAAAACAGCCUAAGUUCAUGAGUUCACCUAAAUGCACAUUCAUGUCCAGUGAGACUACAGUUCCUACCAGACUGAGAUCAGAUAUGAGAUUAGAUUAAAUUAAAUUCAAUGCAUUUGAUAAGAAUUGAAUAAAAUAAUGAGUAAGAAAUUUGAAUCAAUCAAAUCAAAUAAACUUUAUUUAAAGAGCAUUUUACACACAACACAUCUUAUCUACAGUGCUUUAAAGAAAACACAGAGAGGAAAACAAAAGGCAAAUAAAAGAGAAAACACAAACAGAGGGAGGCAAGACAGAGAAAUUUAGAGUGAUGAAACAGCAAUAAGAUAAAACUAAAUACUAACAUACACAGAAUAAUAACAGACAGGGCAGUGAGAAUACUCAAAGUAACAUCACAACUUUGAGAAAUACAAUAAUAACAACAAGAACAAUAACCAUUAGCGCCCAUCAUUGUCAUUAUCAUCAACUCACAGCCUUUAUCAGCAUAACUACUGCCUAGUCUGUCGAUCCAUGAAUAAAUGAAUGAAAGAGUCCAAUGCAAGAAAGUUCAUUUCUUGAAGGACAGAAACCAAAGAAUCUCGCAGUAGUUAUAGAAGAGAGGUUCAUUUCAUCUGGUAACUACUAAACCUGAUUAUAUUUAAUGUCAAACUGAUGUAGAUAUUCAGGCUGUUUAUGAUUUCACACCAUAUUUCAGCAGAAUGAGAUCACUUAGAUUUACAACAUGAAUCUGAGUAACGUUUUGCAAGCACAGCAGUAUAAUGGAGAUUACUGUAAGAGUGAAUGGAUUUGUGGUUGACACAGCUACUCAACAUAAGUGGAAAUGAAGCAUAAUUCUUAGGCCACUUCUACAUGAAUCAGAGGAUAUUUGAGAGCCGAUUUUUUCAAAUCUCUUUUGUCUUCUUUUCUCAUUUUUACAUGAACUAUUACAACAUUAUUUAACAUGCAGAUGGUACUGAUUUUUUCACCUCUCUGUAUUAUGAUUUAUCAGUGACCAGCUCAUUAUGAGAUUUGAUGUGGUUUGAGCUAACAGGUUUCAGAUUAUUUCCUUCCAUUUAGUUGCCCAUUUGAUUGUCCAGAGAGAUCAUAUCAGAUAAAAAAAAAGUGGAAAACUUCUAUUCACCAUUUAUGGAGGCUGUUUUCUUCAAGAGAGGCAGUGUCUGUUUGUUUAUGGAUCUUUGGACACCAUCCACAUACUGUAACUCAGUGGAAACACAGCAUUGGCCCCCAAUGUUCAUCUUUGGUCCCAAAGACACCCUUCUCAAGUACCAGGUCUCAAAUCCACCCUUGUGUCUUGUUUCUGAUUCUUUUUUUCAACUGUUGUUGUUGUUGUAGGGGUCCAGUGUGGAUGCCAGGAUACUUACUCUUGACUUAUAGAAGUGACCUGCUCACACGUCCCUCAUCUCAGUCUGUAUAUUUAGAGUUUGGGCUGCAGGAGAGACUGGACUUCGGAGUUCUACGGUGGCCAUGAAGGUCAAUGGCACAAAUAUUUCAGGAGGGCAAUAAAUAAAUAUAAAAUGAAAUACAAUAAAUGUUUGGGAACACAAACAAAUUGUAAAAACAUAAAUAUUUCAGGAAAAAGUCUGAAAACAUAAAAAUGUUAAAAUAUAUGUGCUUCCAUGAAUUUUAUGAUGUCAAAAUUACUUUUCCUUGAACACGCCCAGCCCCAUGAAUAACAUGAGCCUACUCCUGUCUACCCCCCCCCCCCCCCAUAUUUUUUUUAUUUUUUAUUUAUUUUUUGUUGUUAUUCAAUACAAGAGGCAAUGAGAGGAAAUCUUUUUUCAAUCUUAAGUUCAUAAUUAUUUUCAAUUUUCAUUAGAUUUUAUUUUUAUUUUGUUUUGCGUGUCAUUUCCAGUUUAGUUUUGAUCAGUUUUUAAGGAUGAAGUUUCAGUUUACUUUUUUUUAAGACAUAGGAUACUUCUGCAGACAGGACCCCAAAAAUUUAAACCCAAAACUACAUCUUACUUGUUUUUCUUGCCUUGUCAGAGACAUAAAAGAUUAAAAUGAACUAUAUGUCCAGUCUUACAACACAGGUGCAGUGAUAAAUGCUAUUUAGUGGUGUGUGGGCUCAUAUACCUUAUGCCACCCCAGCAGUGCCAGUGCUGAGGUUGGACCACCCCAGUCAAAAAGGUCUGGACAUGCCCCUGCUUGUGGGUGCAUACCUCACCCUCUGUACGGUACUUUAGCUCAGGUGGAUCCAUGCUAAACGUAAGGCUUUGUUGAUGGAUUUUAAGAGGCUACAGUGAAAGAUAGAGACUCAACUUGCAGAUACAAAUUCUCUCAACGCUUACUUACAGUGGUCUGCACAUGAUAAACAGCGUGCUUCUACUUUGAUUUUUUUUUUUUCUGUCUUGUGUUUAGGUUUCCUUGUUUCCUACAUGGUAAACACCCUUUUAUUUAUAAGUGUAAGCAACCUCCAGUUCCUGCCAAUGUGUUGUAGCCCUGGAUGUAAACUAUGAAGGGACAGUGUAAAAGCAUGAAUAUUUGAUUGCUUGACCUGAGGAAACACAUGCUCUAAUGAUGUUUUUAGAUUUACUGUAAAUCUUUGAAUGCCAGUGCUAAAUCUUUCUGGACGGGGCUGAAACAGUCUAGAAUACUGUUAUAUUUAGACAGCCCUAAUUCAGACUGUAUAUGAGACCGUUUGGUUUUCUUGGACUGCGUGUCUUCUGUGGUCUAAAUUUUGAGAUAAAGCAGUCUUCAUCCAGCUGCUAAACCUUAAUUUUAGGCAUUUCUUCAGAGUUCCAUACAAGUUUACAGCACCUUCGGGAGUUUUAAGUGAUCUCUUUAAAACUAUUAACUCCAGGAACUCUUCUGCACUUGAGCUAUUAAACAUGACCGCUGCGUUCAAUACUGUUAACCACCAGAUACUUUCAUCACUCUAAGAACUCUUAAAGGUACUAUCCUGAAAUGCUUUAGGCCCUAUCUGUCAGAGGCUAAUUUGUCUGUCUAUUAAAAUAAAAAAUGAAAAAACAUCGGAAAAGCCUGAUAAGCUUCCAAUAACAAACAUAAGUUCAACUAGAUAUCUAUAGUUUGUAAUAUGGCCUCCAAGACCGGCCAAUAAUAAAUAGCUAAAUUUUUGCAUGCUGGCUAAUGUUAAUGCCAAGAUAAGUAAAACUCUCUGAAAGCUUUAACUCAAAAAAGGAACCAGGGUUCUGUCUGUCUUCUUCAUGGAGUAAGACAAUAGAGGAUUAGAUGUUAUUUUGUAACCAGAGAUUUUCCCAAACAUAUUUAUGAUGCCAUACAUCAACCAUGCAGUUUAGUCUCAUAUGGUAAAGAAACAUAUGCAUCAGUCAAAAGUAAGAAAAGGUAAAGAUGAGUGAGAUAACUGUUCUACAUUUUUGACACCCUUUGUUGGGGUGCCACGCACACUGAUCUGAUCAUGAGUGUGUGAAAAUGCACACUAAUAAACCAGUAUUUACCUGAUUUUUUAAGUUACCUGAUCAUCAGCUAUUCAUUUAAGCAGAAUAUUCUGAUAAGCUACUAUUUGGGAUCCAUUUACCUCGGAAGUCAGAUGUCAGAGCUGGGAAUGAGGUUACCCCCAAGUUCCAGUUCCAGUAAACAAGUCGGAAAACCAAGAUGGACGCCUGUUGUUAGCCGUUGUUUACAGUUGUCAGCUGUUGUUAGCCGUGGUCAGUUGUUGUAAGUUGUUGUUAGCUAUACCAGUGGUUAACAAUGCAUAAUGCUGUACUUGACUCUGACAAACACCAUAGCACCAUGUUCACAGUUAGACGUUGGGCAGUACAGCAUAUACCACAUAUUUAAUGUCACAAAAACAAAACAGAAGUGCUAAUGAAUAAUGCAUUAUGAAAGCUUUCACUGUUACUCCUUACUGUUGAUGCACUGCGCUGCCAUCUUGGAUUAUGAGGUUGGUGAGGAUCGUCCGACUUUCCGAGUCAGAAAUCCGACUUCAAGAUGAAUUUCCGACUCGGAGCUCGGAAAUCCCGACUUCCGAGUACAACUGGAAUGCAGAAUUAAUAUCGAAAACACACAAGAAGAGAUGUUUGGAGGCCGAAAGGCACAAUUCUUGAGUCAAAUGGUCUAAAAAAAUUAAUAAAUUAAUUAAAAAAAAAAAACGGCAUGAUCCCAAUCACCAGCAGCAUUUAUGCUGAGGGUUGUUGACUUUAACCAUGCAUAUAGAGCUUUGCACAUUCAGCAUUGACGAAAUAACAGUCCUGUACACAAUUUCACAAUAAAAGUAUUUUGUGAAAACGAGGGAUUCUCACCACUGGAAAAGGAAUCAGGCUUUUGUUUUGAAAAGCAUUUCAGAGGUACAGUCAUAGUAUAUUUUUUCAUUUUUUUUCAUUAUUAAAAAGUAUAUUUAGAGUUCCUAUUGCCUUUUUUUAAGGUGCUGCUCACUGUGGCUGUCUGAACCAACUCAUCUUUUGACAUACUUACCAUUUUACUGUCUGCAUGAAGCGACAGGUUAGGGUACAGUCUGAUGUGCAAAUAUUAGGAUUUACUGUACAAUAUUAGGAUUUACUGUGCUUAACUGUACUGAACCAGAAAACAAACCUUUUGGUAAGUACACUACUAUAUUAUAAGUACAAGAAACAAGAUUAGGAUACUUAAUAAAUUUGAGAAAAAUGAUGUGUAAGAACUGUGGGAGUAUUUUUAAUGUUUUUAAGCUGUCACCUAAAUCUAAACAAUAUUUUCAUAGUCUACAAAUCAGACCUGUUAUUAAUUUACUAUUUGUUGUGACUUAUCAGAAAUUUUUUUGGUAAUUUUUCUUGAUGUAUGAUAUGUCCUGUCAGCUCUCUCCCUGAAUUCUUUUCCUGGGAAAUCACUGGCUUCCUAUUGAGAGUAGCCUAAAUUGAUCUUACCACAGGCCGCUAAUUGUUUAAGGGGUAUUGCACUUCCUGGCAGAUUUGUUGCAUUGUGUGAGUAUCAGUUGUUAUGAAGCCUAUUUAAGGCAUGGAUAUAACUUCUGCACCACACUGAGCAGCAACACAGAAAGGAGAGAAUACUCUUGGACGGUGCAGACCAUCUGUAGUUAUGAUGUUCACAGGGAUCCUCUGUCUGUCACUCCUCACAGGUAAGUACAGCAAAAUUUGAUGUGAUGCAUGCAAUAACAGAGGUCUACAGUUUAAUUUAUACUAUGUCUUUUUUUUUAAUUUAAGUAAAUAUUCUGUUGAGUGAUUAACAAUAACAAACAUGUAAAACAGUGUACAUUUUUGCAGCUAUUUUGGAUCUUUGAAGCAAAAUGUCUUUUGGUUUUACUCACAUUUUAGUCACUUUUGCUCUUUGUGGUUUUAGUCUCAUUUUACUUGUUGAAAAGUGGAAACAUUAUGUUAUAUAACAUUUAAUAUCAUAUAACACUUUGUCAAAUUUUUUCUUGUCUUUAACUUAUUCAACAAAUCAUUUAGAAAUCUGUAUCAAAGCUGAAACAGUGUUCAGAUUCCUACCUUUGCUGAAUGUAAGUUAAGACUCCCCCAUCUAUGCAACACUGCUGUGCUUUCCCUGCCGACCUUUCAUAGUUAUUUAGAAGAAGGUUGUACAGUUACAUAUGAUCCUUUCUACAUUCCAGAAACAACACUCACUGUUCUCAUUGAAGCUUUAUCUUCGGUAAUGUAGAGUGGAUGAAUGCCUUGAAUUUGGUAUAUAAUGUAGCUACCUAAAAACUGAGAUACAACAAAGUUUGUUUUAUCCCAGUUCAGCCCUUUGUUUUCUACAAAGGGAACAGAUAAUAAAAAGAAGAAAAGCACAGAGGCAGAGCGGAUGAUGGAGAACUUGUUUUAAAUAGUGUCAUUGUCAGAAUUGAUGCUGCAGCCCUAAGCUAACUCAGUGGGCUCUAUUUUCGUGUCCACCGGUGAGGCGGCGGAGGGUGGCGGACCCCGCGCAGUGGUAUUUUCGUCUGGCGGAGCCCGGCAUACAGCCAGUUUGGUAUUUUCGUGAACUGAGGCGCACUGAGGUCCGCCGAGCUGGGUGUGGUGGCGUGGCAGAGGGAGGUGUCGACAGAAUCAGUGGGCGCAGUGACAUUUUCAUGCUCGCCGGUGGCGUAUAAAGUGUGCUGAAAGCUCGCCGAUUCAAACCUUGUCAACUUUUAGCGCAGGCGGAGCGCAGCUGGUCUAGUAGUAUUUUCACCAGCAGGUUUCCACAGUGUCAGGCACAUUUCAGUGCAAUAAAUAAUCAUCAACAACUAUUAAUCUGAGUCAGCACAUACAUCUGGAUCUAUAUAGAUAUAUUCUGAUCUAUAUCUGAUCUGAUGAGCGAGUUUGGCAUACGUUUGGACACUCAACCUGACCGAAUCAACACAGCUGAAACCGCAUUAAAUUAAAUUAAAUAUCUAGUAAAUAAACACACAUGAUGAAGUUAACAAGAUAUAUAAUUCAUCUUCUUUUCAUCCUCUCUCCGUCCUGCUGCGGCGGCUGAACAGAUGAUUUGUUUCAGUGCUCAGAUGCGUUAUCUACUUUAAGCCGACAUGCGGAUAUUAUAAUAUUCAGUUUUGUGAGCCAAAUUUAUUUUAUAUGCCAACAUCUAUGAAAGAAAGAGCCAGGCCACGGAGCGUGAUGCGUCAUUUACGCACAGAUGGUUCCGAUUUUAAUGCCAUUUUUGGAAUUUAUGAUGUGAUCUGUGCGCUCAACCCACCUUUGUCAUGUGAGGUUUGAAUAUGAGCAACUUUAUAUGAGUGUCUUUAUUUGUGGAAAAGGGUGUUUGUCUUACCAGUGGGUCCAACACACCAAAUCCAUCUGUGCUCAUAUGAGAGUGUGUGAAGGACGCCCUCUGCAGCGCUUACAGCGACACUUGUUGAAGGGCUGCCUUUUGUUGCCAUCGUGUGGCAUUACUGUCUUCAGACAUGUCUUGAUCUCUUUGACUACUUCACGAAAAUAAUAAUACACCUCGCCGGUGGCGGAUUUAAAGGCGAGGAGAGGAGCUGAUGUUAUUAGUCAAUACAGGUCUUGGCUGUGUUAAAUCCACUCUCCACCCUCUCUCCUCCCUCCCUACGACUUACGCCGCUGGGAGGAGCUGAGUUAGGGAGGGGGGAUACUUAUGCCGGGCUGCGCCGCUCGGCAAAAUACCGAAAUUGUGCUUGGGAACGCCUUGUCGGCGCGGCGGACCUGACUUAUGCUGCGCCUGCAGCACAUCUCCAGGGAGGCACGAAAAUAGAGCCCUGUAUGUUGGAGAAAUGCACUGUACCGUUGUGAGUGUGCAGCUUGGUAACUAUGAUGUAUUUUGAAUGUUUUGGUCUUUCUCAAACAGUUUUGCUUUUAAUGAGAAAAAAAGAAAACACGAUCCUGGAAGUUUUUCAUUAUCAGUGAUCUAUUUUAGCUAAUCAUCGUCUCAUGGUAACGAUCAUCGAUGAAUGUUUAUGGCUAUUAUUUUGUUAAUGAAAUCAGGCAAGGGAAGGCAAGUUGAUUUGUAUAGCACGAUUCAUACACAAGGCGAUUCAAAGUGGUUUACAGAUGCAACGAAAAACAUAAAAAAAAUUAAUGAGACAUUUAAACAAUUUAAAAUCAAAAAGACAACAUCAUUUAAAACGAAAUAGACAUAAAAUGAUGUAAAAGCAAAAAGAUAUAUUAAGAUAAAUUCUUUCAUCUGUUCAGUGUUUGCCCUGAUUGUUUGUGAAAACCAUUAUUUCCCAGAAAAAUGAAAUAAGUCACAAGCUUUCAGACCCUGGGCUCUCCAGAUGGUAAUUUGUUUUCUCUUCGUCUAUCUUGGGCAGUGUUUGUUUUCUCUUCAUCUAUUUCAGAUGAUGUUCAUUUUGGUUAUUGAGUUGACAGCAGAAAUUUGGUUGCCAUCCCAUUAAAAUACAGGUAGAUGGCCUCUUCUUUGUAAUGCUCAUAAACUCAAGGAUCCAAAAAAUAUCAAUCACUCUCAUUGUUGUGCCAGUUUAACCUCUUCACUCUGACUUAAAUUAGAUGUGAAAGUGCCUUUCAUGCAGUUCUCACUAGAAUUUGAUCAAAGAUUUCUGAAUUAGAAAGCCAGUGAAAAGAAAGUUUAAUGUUUGUAAUAAAUUCCAAAUGUCAUUACAGGAUGCCAGCAGGAGUGGUAACUUUUGUGAGUGUUCGCUAACACUAAUCUUAUUACACCUUGAACCUCAACUUUAAAAUAAUUGAAUAAUAGAUUAACCGUUUUCACUCACUUUCAAAUAUUUUUUCUUUCUGAUGAUUAGCAAUAUGAGUCCAUCAGAUCUCUUGAAAUUUAAGACAAUGCAAUUUAUUCAAACCAAAAAUAUGAAAACCUGAACUCAAAUAUAUAUAUAUUUUUUAUUUAUUUUCUCAGUUGGGAGUACAUCUGACUUAGCAAAAACACUGGAUGAGCUGGAGAACAGUUUGGGUGACUACAUGUUGGAGGAAGGUGAGUAUGCAAAAGAAACUGUCAAAAUUUAAAGUGUUGAAGUCCUUGAGUACUCUUUGUGGAGCUGUGACCCUGAAAAGCUUGACACAGAAGAUGUUCAGUUUUUAAGAAGAACUGUGGAUGUUUUAAUUUUUUUAGUGUUCAGUAACAGACUGAAAAAGCCAUGACAUUUAAAAAAUAUAUCAUCAAAUCACACUCAUUGUUGUUACAUAAAAUUUGCCUGGGCUCGUCAGGGUCUGGACCCAAGUCUUUAUUUUGUCAAUCUCAUCUACAUGAAACACUGUUACUGUGGUGAUGCAAUGUUCACCAUCAAACAGGAAUACAUGGGCGAGGCUGAUGGGUACAUCAUUCUAGAAACCUACUAGAAGUCAGCAAUUUUAUAAAUGUUUAAAUAUUAUACAUAUAAAUACAAUAUAAAAUAUAAAAUAUUAUAAGUUGUAAACCACUUUUAGAGAUCUUUUAAGGAUAGAUUCUUUUCCAGAGGGACUAUACAGAAAAGAGAUGAGAAAAAUGACCAAAACAAUGUCUUUAAUGAGAGAAAAAGAGCAUGGUCAAACUGAGAUUUCAAAGCCCAACAAUAAAAAAGUGAGAAUUUUUACAUUUUUAAAACAGUUUUUCGGGUGUACACUUUGGUCUUUUCUUGAACACUUGUUAAAAAAAAGUUGAAGCUUUGUAAAAUCUCUCAUCGACAAAUGUGGCUUCAGCUAACUUACCAUAGCUGACCAUUGUUAGUUGCUUAACAUCCUGUCAUAUCUAUGGCAGGAACAGCACAUUUUAACACCUUGCUUUGUCAUUUUGAUAUUUUGCUGAAGUUUUUGUCAAUUUCCCUCUCAUUCCUUUAUUGCUGACAUACUCUUGUUCUUGAUGUUGUUUUUACUCUAGUUGCGUGUAAUAAGAGCACAUGGGAUAUUAUAACGUACCUGAAGCUGGAUCAAAACAAGGACCAGUUUGCCAUGACCCGGCCUGCCAAAAACCACCUAACACCCACCAAAGUCUAUCUGGAUUUAAUACUGUAUGCCAUUCUGCAGGUGGUGAGUGAUGGAGUACAUUUAUAUUCAGUAGCUCGAUUAAAAAGAUAAAUAAUAUGGUAUCGUCCAAAUCGAGUCGUAUGUACCUGCAGUUGAGGUAAUACACAAGAUAAUGCACGGUGAUCUAUUGCUUGCAUAACCACUUAAUAUAUAUUAUACCAUACUGAAUUUCCCUUACGGGAUCAAUAAAGUUUUUCUGAUCUUGUCUUAUCUUACCCACCCAUCAUACAUUAUCCCUCACUCAUUAUCAACAACUGUUUCUUAAGCACGUAUUUUUAGUAUUUAAUCCCUUACUUUCCCUUUCCCACCCUCCUGCUGAUGCAGGCAUAUUUGUAAAUGAUUUUUUUGUAACACCAGAUCUGGAAAUGUUCUUCACAUGUUUUCCUCCACAGCAAGAAAAGGAACAGAAAUUUAACGUUUAUGUUUGGCUUGAUAUGGUGAGUCGACUUUAAAUGAAUUAAUUGCCACUUUAACACCAUAUUUGGCGGUUUUAGUUUUUUGUUUUAGUUUGUUUUAAUAUUUUCCCCUGGUUUUUCUCUGUAGAUUUGGAAACAUUAUCAAAUCCGCUGGGAUCCUAAUCAAUUCUGUAACAUCACAUCAGUAGCUAUUCCAACAAAACUAUUAUGGCAGCCGGAUAUAACUAUAGAGGAGAGGUAAGCUCCAGUGAAUGUACAGGCUUUCACCGGAUGAAAUCCACCUCUGUUAUAGAAAAAUGUAGAUAGAACAAUAACCCAAAUUACAAGAAACAAUUACAUAAAUAAAUAAUCAAGACAACAUCACUAUGCUAAUUCACAGAUAGAGCACUCUGAUUUAAUACAUGCCAGUGUGCAGAAAAUCACAAAUCCACACUAGCAAAGCUUGUACCCAAAUUAUGUUAAUUCCUUGUAACCUAGCCUUGCUAGCAAGAUAUAUAUUUUGAUUUUAGCAUUUGAUAUUUCUAGUGUGAAUUUAAAUAUAAGCCUUUUUAUGAUUUCUGAAGCCACUGAGGCAAUGCGGUUAUGUUUUUCUUUUCUUUCUGUCAGCUAGUUUGGCUGGUAAUUUUCCAGAACUCAGGCCUUAUUUCUUUAAAAAGGAAAACAAUUGGAUAUAAGCUCAAAUUGCCCUACCUGUAUGCCUAACAAAUCAGCACCAGCUUUUUGACUGACCACACCUCACUGAAACACUAACAUGUUGAUAGGUGCCAACAUAGUUUUUUUUUUUUUUUUUCCUUGCAGGACAGAGAAGAGUAAGGACACUGAAAGUCCUUUUGUGCACGUUAAUUAUAAUGGAUGGGUCCUAAAGAGGAACAACAUGGUGCUGGUCACUACCUGCGUUAUGAAAGUUUACAAGUUCCCCUUCGACACCCAGAGCUGCAGCCUCACCUUCAAGUCCAUUAUAUUUGACGGUAAGAGUGGGAUGAGUUUUACAAUUUUGUGUUUGCUAGAGUUUAUCAUAACUUGGUAUAAGACAUACAAAGUGCUAACUUUAAACUGAAUGUCUAUAUGAAUUGAUAAAAGGGAACUAAAAACCUGGAGUGAGGAUGGGGAUAUGAGGUGAUGAACUAAGGUUUGUCUCUUGGGUUGUAGUGUGGGAGUAAAAAAUAAAGACACUAUAAAUUAUUUGUUGAUUUGGCAGAAGCAGGAUGAGAUUAAUGAAAACAAAAUGGAAAACAGGGAAACUAAUAGUUAAAAAGAAAGAAACAAUAAAAUACAUAGUGAGUAAAUGUAAUGAUAUUAGAUAUAAUGAUUUAUUGAAGAGGUGACCCCCAGACACAGACAGGGCAGGUGACUUUGUUUAAACGUUUUUCUUUUUGUUUUUGUUUUUUUUGUUUUGUUUUGCCUCCAAUUUCUAUUCUUUGUAUAAAACACAUUCUUAGUUUCCUGGUUGGGGCUGGGCUGAAGGAUGGUGUAUUGAGAUCCAUGUAGGGCUCAUCUCAGCCUGUGGUUUUGCAACAGGAUGUGACAACAUCCUGAUGGGAACGGGAGUUACAUUUCACCCUGAAGUGUUUUUUUUUUCUUUUUCUUUCACAUAACCACCAGCUCACUAUACAUCAUCCUGCUGAUUACCUAAUUCCUAUCCUUGAAAAUCUUGUUAAACCUUAAAUUGAUCCUGACAAAUGAAGCACAUGAAAAAGUUGAGCUUUCUCCUCUGAGUUUUAAACAUUUAGACGGAUAAAGUUCAUAAUACAGUCUACACUGUCUGUUACGUAACAAAAGAUGUGAAAAGGGGAUGAAGGAAGUAACAAUAGUUGAAAAAAGAACCAAGGUUAGGUAACGGCGUGGGCAUGUAACACUGUCCAUCAUGUUAUAAGUUGCUUGGUCGUAUUACAAAUACAGCAUUUAGGCAGACUUUUCCCGUAUGUAUUCCCAAACCACUAACAAAAGAAAGAAGAAAGCAAAGAAAAUAAGAAAUAUUGAGAUUUGGCUCCAGGAUGACAAGGGUAGACAUCAUUUAAAAAGCGCACAAUUGUAAUUAAUGCAAUUUAUACUGCUGUGGAAAAAAAAGGUAUUUCACUCUAUUUGGGUCCUACAAGUCUCACAUUUGAUUUUAAAGAGUCACAUUGUAAAUUUGUAAACAGCCAGCACUAAGAUUUGAUCCAAAGAUGAUUUUGUUGAUUAAAAGAUAAUGUAGAGAUAAGUGUUAAUUACAUGUUGAUGUCUGUGUUUGUUACAAGAGCCACACCCUGCUGCAACAAAAUAUAGGUGUGAUGUGCCUGCAGUAUCAAAUAGCACCACAGGGUGGAGCCUCUUAUGGGUUCUGUUUAUUUGAGGGUUUUUGUUUUAGCACUGUGACAGAAGACUCUGUCAGUGGAGUGUUGGUGCAGUAUCUGCCUGUUUUCUUAUGCUGAUGUACGAUUAAGUAAAUAUCAUACAUGUGCAUGUAUGAUGUGAAUAUACAUGUUCAUUAUAUUGUCAGAUGUCAGCAGGGUAAGAUUAUGGCUCAACAAGAGGAGGUGAAACAUGGGAGGGUGAUCAGUAAAAAAAACCAAACAAACAAACAAAAAAAAACAGGUAAAUAUAUUUAAAUGCUAGUCCAGGUAACCUGGUGACCUAUGUCAAUAAGUUUUAGAAAGUUGCUUAUUUAUACCCACAUUCUUGGGUUUUAGUGUCUAUUUGUUGAAUAAUAUUUCACCACUUGUUUUUUCUUUGCUGUGGAGCAGGGGAACCUUAACUUAACUAAAUUAUCUGUCAUUUCAGAGAAGCAAGUAAAGGUUGUUAAAUAUGCUGAACAAAACAGCACCACAGCACUGUCCAAACAGAUAAUGCACACCCAGUCGGACUGGAUUUUCAUCAACAUUACAUCUAACGAGAUGACUGAGGACAAUUUUGAAAUCACUCAACGCAUGGUUACUUACACAGUAAGUAUUUCAGCACGUCUACAGUACCCAGCGUCUGUCCUGGAGCUGGCUAAAAGUCAGAGGUUGUAUGUAUAGAUAGUCUAACCUUUAUCAUAACAAUACCACACAGUCUACUCCAUCUCCAUCUAAGUACUGUGAUGGUUGCUUUUUGCCUUUAACCAAUAAUUUAAAAGAAAUGAGUGUUUUUGUCACCUGUCUGGUAAAUUUGAUCACUUUGAACCAUAUUCUUGUUCAUGGGUUUCAAUCUUGUGUCUGUAGCAACAUCAGCAAGCUAACACAGUCAAUGGCCGAUUUAGUGAUAAACUGCUUUUCAGACAAAAAAGCCCUGUCUCUCUGCUGACAAAAACUGUUUAAAUGAGUGAGCCAUUUGAAUUGAGACUUUUUGGAGACAUUUGUCUUUGUCUGCGGCUCAUAUCUACCCCCUCAAAUUGUCCCUCAUGGCAUGAAAAGCUCUGAAGCUGAGCGCUUCUGAACUUCAGGAUGAGUCUAUGAUUCUGGAUUUUUUUCUUGUGAAAUCAAGAAACUUUUCUUGAUUUGAAACUUUUCUUGAUUUGGGAAUAAAUCCUUAUUGAGGUUUAACGUAACAUUAACAGGCCAUAAUUCUCCACCAUUCACAGCAUAGUAGAUGGCACUUGUAAGAAUCUGGUCCUGGGCUGGUCCUGCAAAUGAAACCUAUAAACAUUUUACACUUGAAUAUGAAGGUUCCAGGUUUUUUUUUAAGACAUUUUAACAGGAUUGGCAAUAGCCAAAGCUACUCAUGUCCAGACAUUGUUGAACAUAAAGAAGUAUCUAUUAAUCUUUCAAUAUAAUUUCACAGAUCAACAUGAAGAGGCGAUACUUACUCUAUAUGGUCAACUUCUUACUACCUAUCCUGAUGUUCCUGGGUCUGGAUCUCGCCUCCUUCAUGAUGUCAGAUACCUGUGGUGAAAAGCUCGGCUUCCAGGUCACUGUGCUGCUCGCUGUCACAGUAAUGCAGCUGAUCCUGAAUGAAAUCCUGCCUUCUUCUUCAGACAGGAUACCACUCAUUGGUAAGAAUAGAAAAGACGACAAAUACUUGCAAACAGGGGGCCGUCUUGCUUCCCACUCUGACAUAAAAUCAUAGACUGUAUAUAGAAUGGACGCUGUCUGCCUCCUCGCUGGGUAAAGCCACUGUGAGAACAGCACCCUCUAGUGAUGGUCUGCAGUAUAGGUCAUAAAUCCCUAUGGAGCUGUGGACAAAAUUUAGAAAUUUAUUGCACAGAAUAUAAAUUUUUCUCAUCCCUUGUUGUGAUGUUAACAUGUAGUUAUUGUAAGAUUGGUUUGUGCUCAAGUCCUCUUUUUUCUGUACAGCUCUAAUUUUAAAAGUUAUUAGGGGGUUCAUGUUUUCAAUGAUUGACACUUGAUACAGCCUAUGGGUGUACGAAGAUUGUGUAGCUCACCCGAGGGAUACGCUGUUUGAGCCGAGCUGAGCCGGUGAUUUCAGGAAGUUGAGAAAAUCCCCGAAAUACCGAGAGCAAUUUGGCUUCAAAUUCAUAUAAUGACGGAAGGCAAAACCAACUUGUCCAUAGUAUAUACAGUCUAUGGGUGGAACAAAACAAGUGGAGGUUGCCUCAAAGAGGUCGUCUCAGCUCGCUACCAAUCGGAUCAAAACCGUAAAGUGUUUAUUGUAGUGAGGACACACUUACAUUAGAACAAAGUGAAUGUCUUACAGGUGUAAAGCCUCAUUUCUACUCACAUAUGUGUAUAGUGUCCAUAGAUUUGUCAAUAAAUUAGUGAUACUUGUAAUGUCCAACACAAUAAAAUGCAUUUCUUAAAGUCUUAGAAUUGCAUUUAGGAGUGCAUGGAUUGGCAGAAGUCUUGCCCCCAUGCACAUAUAUUAGUAGAAAGCACCUUAACUGCCCUCCUUUUUUAAAUUCCCCCUCAAUAACAGCACACACUCUGUGACUAUUGCUUUCUGUCGACAUUAAUACUGCAGUCUGUCACCUUUAGCCAUCUACUGUGUUGGUAUCUUUGGUCUGAUGAUGCUGAGCCUCCUGGAGACCAUUUUCGUGAUGUACCUGAUUGAGAAAGAUUCUGCAAACAAAGACCAAAGCCCGGGUGAGAACUGUGUGAAAAAAAAAGACAAAGUCUGCCACCUUAACUGUUUCAAAGGUAAGAUUCACUCUUAAAUACACUACUCUUAGUAGGGUUAGUUUGCAAGUUCUUUUCACUUUGGAGGAGUUUUCACUUUUCACUCAUAAGGAGGAGAGAGCAAUACAAGCAGCGUGUGAGUACGUAAGGAGAAACCACUUAAUCCUGGAUCUUUAUCAUGGCACUCAUAUGGUUACUGUGGAGUCUCUUCGGCUGCCUUGGCUGCCAGCCUGUAGGCCUAAACUAGAUAGGCAGAACUGGUCACUCAGAUAACCAGGAAUAUAGUUGCUUGACCAUCAUAGGGAUAAUGUGCACCAACACUGAAGUAAUAGAAUCAAUAUCCUGUAGCAUCCGUUGAAGGUAUUCAUAGUAGUACUACUACUAGCAGUAUUCGUGCUGCUUUGAACUCUUAUGAGGAGUUUUUUGACCUUUGUGAAAUAGUUUGCAAUUCAAAUUGAUGUUUUCUCAUUAUAUCCAAAUGUGGACCAUUCUUACAACAUUAUUUUUAGUGCCUGAAACUAUGUGAUGUGCAGUGGAAGAAGCAGUCUUGGUUAUAAUGAGACACUUGACUGUCAAAAAUCAUCAACUUUUUGUUAAAAUCACAACUUUAGAAAAAACGUCUCAGUCCAAACAGGGCUGAGCAGUUUAUGCACAAACGUCUGUGAACUUAGUUAAGUAAAUUGCUCAAAUUGUUCUAAAUUUUUGCAAAAAUGAUGCAGUUGCACAGCUGUGCCUCAUGGGUAAAUGUCUAUGCAUCUGUUAAUUCAGAAAGUUUGUUUUCUCAUUUGCAGUUCAGAGGGAUUGCCUCAGUAUUUUCUCCCCUUUAGAGGCUCAAUAGGUGGACAGUAAGUUAAAUGUUGAAAGUAGAGGGGUUGAGCUCUGCUCUGUUCACAGUAACACACCUGCCCACAGGAUCUGAACUGGAAUAGGCGUAGACAGACUGCUCGGAUUAAAACUGUCUUUGUAAAUGCCAUGCCCCGCAGUGACAUUAGAUGUAUAAAUUGAUUUUUAAUCAUUCACUAACAUGUCUAAUGAAUCGUUCCAGAUGUUCAUGAACUUCACUGUGACGUGUCUGCUGGAGGGAUGUCUUCAGAACUGCUUCCGAUGCCAAAAGCGGUCUGGACAAAGUUGCACCUUCAAUCACUUCACUUGCAAAAAUAUUCCCCUGUAAUAUUUUCAGAUCUGUAGAGUGGCUGAAAACGAUGAAAUGAAUAGAUAUUGCUUGAGCAUCACAGACAAAAUUUCAUUCACAGAGGUUUUUGUAUGACCACUGACAUCUUUAUUAAAUGAAAUAAUUAUCCAGUUUAGAAGAUAGAAAAUGUUCCUUAGCACAUGCUGCAAAGCACGUCAUUCAUCUGGUCACUCUGAUGCACCUGGAUCUGUUGAUGGAUUUUUGUUUGCUCUCUCUGUGAAUGAGUCUUCACCUGGAGAAAUAAAAUGAUCCAGAUGAAUUUGCUGCUAAAAAUCUGUCAAAACUUUCGUUAACAAUGUCCAGUGCAGCCUUCUUUAUUUUUAACCUGGAAAAAAGGCAGGAGGAGCUGCAGAGAAAAUAUCGCUUCAGAUUUUUUAGAUUCCAAUUCAGACUGGAUUAACAUCAGAUGGCCACUGUGUGUCCCAAAAAGUGUGUCAGCAAGGAACAGAGCUCAAGAUGAUGGUAAAGAUGUGGUACGUGGUGGCAGCUUUUAACCAGAAAUAGCUGGUUUAAAAGUCAAAGUGUGACAUCAGCAGAAGAUAGCUGUGGGAACAUGAUUUAGUAGAAUCAGCCACAAAAGACACAGUAACAGUGUUAGCUGUCCUACCUUUAGAUGUAGUGUAUGGCCUUAUAAAUGAACAAUGACACAUAAAUAGUAGCUGUUAUCACAUAACUAGUAUGUCUGACCACAGUUUAUCAUAUCUUUUCAGGCUAGCAGCAGCCAGCUGUUAGAGAGGUCCUAUGAUGGCGAGAAGGAGGGGAUGGCACCAUUGUCUGUGUUGAGCAGCCACACGAGAGGAGAAGAGAUUGGCUACUGGACCAGAUUGAGCCAAAAAGUCAACAGAGUUUUCUUUAUUUUCUAUCUCACAACCAUUAUUGUGUUUUUGAUUUAUAUGUUUUGCAGAUGGACUGAAUAAAUCUAGUAAAAAUAGUAACAAACAGCCAACAGGUCAUAAGGUCAUCUUUAGUGAACUCCUUCAUAGAUGAGUCCUAGAUGAGAUGCUUUUUAAUGCAGAUUUGAAGCUGUGGCUAAUGUUAAGGCUCUAUCUGUAGGUAUGGUGUCACCAACAACACACAGUUGCAGAAAUACACACAGUUAAUGCACAGCACCUAUAAGCGUAGCAGUGUAACUCAAAAAUAGCAGGAGUAACAGAAGGUAUGUUGGGUUAUGCAUGUAUCUACAUGGUACCUGUGAUGUUCUUAUAGUUCAUGUAGUCCUCUUAUGCAAACAACUAAUAAAACUGUUGCAUGCAAUGUUAAACAAAAUAAAUGUCACAUAUUGGUGUCUUAACCACAUAAUAUUGUACAUAUUUUAAACCUAACCCAGUAAAGUUUGCAAAGCAUCAGUUCAGGCAGGCCAUAAAAUCAACACAGCCCGCAGAACAUCAGCUGAUAUUUACACCUCCAACAUCAGCUGGCAGCUCAGCCCUCUACCCAUCAUUCACUUAGCGUUUUAUUUUUAUCUACUAUUUAAACUACUUAAAACUUCUUCUGCUGUCUCCUCCUGCUCCCUCUGCUGAUUGCUCUCCAACCUACAGUAUUUCCACCCUAGCUUCUCUUUUAAUGCUGUGUCUGGUUUUACCAGGGCCAUAUGCAUUGUCACUGACACCUGCUCUGUUCUGUACCCCAGGAGACUUUGCUGAUGCUCUCCCUCACAUAGUUUUUCAUGGAUGUUCAUGAAACAGAGGGUAUGAGUGCUCUGCCUGUCAUAAACUUUGGCAAACUUAUACAGAAAAGAUUUAUACUAUACAUAUAUAUAUAUAUAUAUAUAUAUAUAUAUAUAUAUAUAUAUAUAUAUAUAUAUAUAUAUGUAAAACUUAUUGCAUGCAAAUAAUUCUCUUUCACAGAAAUGUUUCUGACUCAGUGUGUCAGUAAAACUUCAGCUUAAAAAUACCAUAAAUCUCACAUAUUCAAGAAAAUCCAUUUGUAAUGCACUCAUUUUUUUUAAAUCUGUAUUUUCCUACAUUGCUUUAUUUUAAGCUUACUAUAUGAUUAAACUGGACCUAUUGCUUUUGAUGUAGCAGUGGCUGAUAUUGUCUCUUACUUUCUAGCAUGGGCCAACACCAUCGAGUUCAUACCGCAGGCUUUCUAA